AAUCAAUCAGUACAUUUUGUCUCCCACGUGAUCACAUUUUUGAAGCCAUAAAGGAUGGACCCAUGUCCACAAACCUAAAAUCACAAGCACCCCCCUCCCCCCACGGAUCAGCAAGUAGUUCUCUAAUAAUCAUGCUGCCAUCUGCAUCCUCUUCUUCGCUCAAUGCAACUGCAGCUGCUUCUACAGAUGUCUUUGACAUUGGAAAGCACAGCACAGUGCUUCUGAAUGUCGAGCCUGCUGAGGAGACGACUUACUUCUUUUUUAAGAAGUCAUCGUCAUCCUCAUCUUCUGGUAAUGACAGUAAUGAUCAUCGGCCCCCAAAGCCGCUGUUGAUUGCUGCUCCUUCUGACAACGGAGAAUUCCCGGUGCUGCAGUUCCUCCAUGGUUACCUCUUCCAUAACUCCUUCUACUCCCAGCUUCUCCAACACGUCGCUUCCCACGGCUUUAUUGUCGUUGCUCCCCAGUUAUAUUAUAUGGCUGGAGCGGACGCAACUGAUGAAAUAAACUCUGCUGCUGAAAUUACAAACUGGUUGCCCCAAGGCCUCCAAGACUUUCUCCCCGCCCAUGUCCUCGCCAACCUGAAGAAGCUAGGACUUGCUGGCCACAGUCGUGGUGGCAAGGUCGCCUUUGCACUAGCCCUGAACAAAGUAGCCACCGCCACCACCACCUUAAAAUUUUCAGCCUUGAUUGGCAUAGACCCUGUUGAUGGAAGAGACAAAGGGAACCAAACCCAGCCUCCGGUCCUCACCUACAUCCCUCGGUCCUUCGAUCUUGAUAUGGCUGUGCUGGUGAUUGGUUCGGGCCUCGGCGAGGUGAAAAGGUGCCUUCUCAUGCCUGCCUGUGCCCCCAAGGGAGUUAACCAUGAAGACUUCUUUGAAGAAUGCAAAGAUCCUGCAGGCUAUUUUGUGGUGAAGGAUUAUGGUCACGUAGACAUGAUGGAUGAUGACACUGAAGGAUUUAUAGGCAAGGCUUCUAAAUGUAUGUGCAAAAAUGGGAUGUCAAGGGAGCCUAUGAGGAGGUUUGUAGGGGGGGCUGUGGUUGCUUUCAUGAAAGCUUAUAUGCAUGGAGACUUUGGGGACUUGGUGGCCAUUAUAGAGGGGAAGGCUAUGCUGCCUGUGGAGCUCCAGAAGGUUGAUUUUCAUGUGUGAAGCUUGGUUAAGAUUAUCUCUAAUUGGGAGCUAGCCUAGCGCGAACUUCGAUUUGAAUUUGUGUGGGUUUAGCUAUCCAAAUCUAUUUGAAUUGUCUAAACUUAAUUUAGCAUAUUUAAAAAUCUAAGUUAAUUCACUUAUUGCCAAAAA